CAUGCGGGAUCUAAGCUCCCCGACCAGGGGAUGGAACCCACACCCCCUGCAAUGCAAGCGCGUAGUCUUAAUCACUGGACCGCCAGGGAAGUCCCUACCUCGUUCUAAAAUGGCCAGGAAGGGCUGGGCCCGGCGGUGACACCCGGCAGGUUGCUUGGGCCAACGCGUGGGAAGCCAAAAAAGGAUCCUAACCGCUCAGAACGGAAGUUCCUGAGCCUUCACACGCGCGGGGAAGCAACUCGGAAACGGACCAAGAUGGCGGCGCCCACUGAGGGGCCAACGUUUACCGCGGGGGUCGAAAAGAAUUGUAGUGCGGUUGUUCGCUCCCCAGAAGAGACUCCCCAGAAAGUCCGGCAGCUGAUAGAUGAGGGGAUUGCCCCGGAAGAGGGAGGCGCCGAAGCGAAGGACACAUCUGCCACACUCCAGUCAGUUAAUGGAUCACCCCGAGCAGAAGAACCUCUAUUGGAAUCUAGAAGCAAAGAAGCCUUCUUUAGCAGAGUGGAAACCUUUUCUUCUUUGAAAUGGGCAGGUAAGCCCCCUGAGCUGUCUCCACUGGUCUGUGCAAAAUAUGGCUGGGUCACAGUUGAAUGUGAUAUGCUGAAGUGCUCCAGCUGUCAAGCUUUUCUCUGUGCCACUUUACAACCAGCUUUUGAUUUUGACAGAUAUAAGGAACGAUGUGCUGAGCUGAAGAAAGCCUUGUGUACUGCCCAUGAGAAGUUCUGUUUCUGGCCAGACAGCCCCUCUCCAGAUCGAUUUGGGAUAUUGCCAUUGGAUGAACCUGCGGUUCUUGUUAGUGAAUUCCUAGAUCGUUUUCAAAGCCUUUGUCACUUGGACUGCCAGCUUCCUUCCCUGAGGCCAGAGGACUUAAAAACUAUGUGCUUGACAGAAGACAAGAUCAGUCUUCUCCUGAACCUGCUUGAAGAUGAACUUGAUCACCAAACUGAUGAGAGAAAAACUGCAACCAAACUAGGUUCAGACAUCAUCCAAAUCCACGUCACUGCCUGUAUUCUCUCCGUGUGUGGUUGGGCGUGUAGUUCUUCGCUGGAACCCAUGCAGCUCUCCCUGAUAACAUGUUCACAGUGUAUGAGGAAGGUGGGGCUCUGGGGCUUCCAGCAGAUCGAGUCAUCCGUGACUGACCUGGAUGCCUCCUUUGGUCUGACCAGCUCCCCCAUCCCAGGCUCUGAGUGCCGGCCAGAGCGCUUCUCUCUGGUGCCUGAGUCUCCUCGGAGGAUGAUGACUCGGAGCCAGGAUGCCACGUUUUCCCCAGGCUCAGAGCAGGCUGAAAGGAGCCCAGGUCUCAUUGUCUCUAGAACUCGAAGCUGGGACUCUUCCAGUCCUGUCGACCGUCCUGAGCCAGAGGCCGCUAGCCCCACCACCAGAACCCGCCCAGUGACACGAAGCAUGGGAACAGGAGACACCACUGGCCUAGAAGUGCCAUCUAGUCCUCUUCGGAGAGCCAAACGGGCUCGCCUCUGCUCUUCCAGCAGCUCGGACACAUCUUCCCGAAGCUUCUUUGAUCCCACUUCUCAGCAUAGAGACUGGUGUCCUUGGGUGAAUAUCACAUUUGGAAAAGAAACCAGGGAGAAUGGUGGAACUGAGGUAGAUGCCAGCACCCCGGCAGAGCCAGGCUGGAAGGCAGUGCUGAACAUCCUCUUGGCCCACAAAGAGUCUAACCAGCCAGCUGAAACCGACUCCAUGAGUCUCUCUGAGAAAUCAAGGAAGGUGUUCCGAAUAUUCCGGCAGUGGGAAUCUUUAUGCUCAUCCUGAAGAUAUUCCAGCCCUUCCUGCAGAGAAGUGGAAUGAGUGGCUUUGAAAAAUGAAGGCUGCAUUCCCUUUUGAGCAGCUGAUGCUAAGUUUUUCUCCAUUCUGGUUUAAUCAUAAGGAGCCCCUCCCUGCCCUUGCAAAGGCAUGCAUGUCAUCAUCUGCAUCUGACUGAGGGGAAAACCUGUUUGCAACACAGGGAUGUGGGCUGGGAGAGGUCAGGCGACCCUGGCUCUGUUCAAGGAGUGGGUGGUUCCAAAGCUCAACUGAGGACCCAGGACUUGAGCAUUUUUAGUGUCUUUAGUGGGGGCAGUGUUUUGAGGACUCUUAUAUCCCAGGAAUACGUCAGUAUGUGUUAAUAAAAUAUUUGUUAAGAUUCUCA